UUCUCUGUUUCAUGUUCAGAUGGUCGAUUUCGGAAAGGAAAAAUAAUCAUGAAAGCACGUAGAAAUUGAAGAGCGGACCACUGAUUGGCUGCUAUAAAAAGAGGUGCUCUGGAGGAGAUGGAACGUAGAAUUGGAAGCCUAGCAGUAGCAUUGUGAGCUUCAGCUUUUGCAUUAAUGGCUUCCACUCCGGGGAUUCUCACCGAUUGGCCAUGGACGCCUCUUGGAAGCUUCAAGUAUUUGAUUUUGGCGCCUGGAGUGAUUCACAGCAUUUACCAUUACGUCGUGAAGGAUGAAACCGAGAGAGACAUUUCAUACCUUAUGAUUUUUCCAUUUCUUUUGUGGAGGAUGAUUCAUAGCCAGAUAUGGAUAUCUCUGUCUCGAUAUCGAACUGCUAAAGGCAGUGCGCUUAUUGUCGACAAGGGCUUGGAAUUCGAUCAAGUCGAUAGAGAAAGAAAUUGGGACGAUCAAAUAUUGUUGAAUGGAGUUAUAAUGUACAUUGUGAGCAAUGUUUUGCCGAAAGCUUCAAAUCUUCCUCUAUGGAGGACAGAUGGAGUGGUUAUUACGUUUUUGCUUCACGCAGGUCCAGUGGAGUUUCUGUAUUACUGGCUUCACAGAGCUCUGCACCAUCAUUACCUCUACUCUCGCUACCAUUCCCACCACCAUUCUUCCAUUGUUACAGAGCCAAUCACUUCUGUGAUUCAUCCAUUUGCAGAAGAAUUGGCAUAUUUCUUCCUGUUUGCGAUACCUUUAUUGACGGCAGUGUUUUGUGGAACAAUUUCUGUGGGAGUUUAUGUUGCUUAUAUUACUUACAUCGACUUCAUGAACAACAUGGGUCAUUGUAACUUCGAGUUCAUCCCUAAUCGCCUCUUCACACUCUUUCCUCCUCUCAAGUUCCUCGUCUAUACUCCAUCGUUUCAUUCGUUGCACCACACGCAAUUCCGAACCAACUACUGCCUAUUUAUGCCCUUUUACGACUACGUCUACGGCACAUACGACAAAUCUUCAGAUUCUCUCCACAAAAACUCCCUCAAAAGAAAGGAAGAAGUUGCUGACGUGGUCCAUCUGACUCAUCUCACUACUCCCGAAUCCAUCUAUCAUCUACGGCUAGGAUUUGCCACGCUGGCCUCCAGGCCCCACUCCUCCACGUGGUAUCUUUGCUUACUGUCCCCCGUCACCGUGGCCUCCAUGCUGCUGAUGUGGAUCUAUGGCCGUCCAUUUGUCGUCGAGAGGAACAAGAUUGAUGAGCUCAAAAUGCAAACGUGGGCCAUCCCCAAGUUUCAAUUUCAGUUCUUGCUUCAAUGGCAACCAAUAAACAACUUGAUUGAAGAAGCCAUAAUCGAGGCAGAUCAAAAGGGUUGUAAAGUCUUGACCUUAGGCCUCUUGAAUCAGGCAAGAUUAUUUAUUUNUUCUCUUUCCAAAAAAGGCAUCCAAAUUGCUGUGUUGAAUGAACAUCACUACAAACAGCUCAACAAAGCUUCUAAAUCCGAGGGCUCUUUGGUCCUUUCAACUGGCUCUUCACAAAAUAUAUGGUUGGUGGGAGAUGGUGUGGCAGAUGAAGAACAGCUAAAAGCUCCAAAAGGAACAACUUUCAUUCCCUUUUCACACUUCCCUCCAAAGAUUAUACGCAAAGAUUGCUGCUACCACUUCACCCCUGCAUUGAAAGCUCCCCCUUCGAUCGAAAACGUGCACUCGUGUGAGAAUUGGCUACCGAGACGAGUGAUGAGUGCAUGGCGCGUUGCCGGGAUGGUGCAUGCUAUGGAAGGGUGGACGGAGCAUGAGUGCGGCAACGCUAUGUUCGACGUCGAGCAGGUUUGGACGGCGAGCCUUCGACAUGGGUUUCAGCCUUUGAAGAUGUCACGUAAUACUACCUAUGGCUCUAUGUAGUUUCAUUUUAUGUACUAUGUCUAUGUUUUUAGUUAAUAGCUAUGUGUUGGUGUUUGUGGGGAAGCUAAUUUAGUCUCUAAUUCAAAGGAGGUCCCGUAGCCCAAAAUUAGGUUAAAAAUUCAAUCACCCGAAAAAAUGCAGUCAAUCCAAAUGGUACGGUACAGUACCGUUUGAGUUUGGUUAUGAACUAAUUUUAGUUGGAUUGAGUUCAAAUAAAUGAAAGAUGCAUGCAUUAAA